UUUAUUAUGAGGACUUUUUGGCGGGAACGCGAGGAGUGAAGUUGUGUGAUUUGUUUUAUUUUGUCUAUUUAGUGUUUCUUCAGGUUUAAAUGUGUAAUAACGGUGGUUUAUUAACUGUUUAAUAUCUGUGAAAGUGCACAAAUGUGGGAAAAUGAAACAAAGCUGCUGGACGUAACUUCUCGGGUUCCUCCAAAAAGUCCACUGAAAAAAUCUCAGUAAAUGACCACCAUUUUACUGCGAUUAUAUUUCAUCCCAUAUCAUCUCAUUUCAUUAAAUUUCAUCCCAGUUGAUUAAUGUUUCAAAUUAAUCAUCUUCAUUUCAUUUCACUCCAUAUUAUCAUUUUUCAUAAAAUUAAGAAUAUAAAGUAAAAUAAGACAUGACUUAAAGGUCUCAGUUACCAGGUCAUAAAAUCUCUUAAAAAAAAAAAGAUUUAUUAUGAUUGAGUUGUGAUUAAACUACAAUUGUUAAUUAUUUAUCUAAUUAAUAUAAAUUCGUAUAUGUGUAUCUUGCAAAUACCGUUAUAUUUACCUUUAAAUAACAUGCAAAAUAGUUAUUUUAUAAAUUGAAGAAGACAUUUUAUCAACAUUAAUAUGGCUCAACCAUCUUUAUCGGUGUCCUGGGAUGCAUACCAAAAUAGUAUAUGCCGCGGUCUUAGUACACUUCAACAACGCGGUGAAUUUGUGGACAUGACAUUGGCUGCAGAUGGGCAUAUGGUGCGAGUGCAUCGCAUGGUGAUGUCUCUCAUAAGUCCUUACAUCAAGCAGUUGAUUGCCUCUGCAGAUUGUCAACAUCCAGUCAUAUUUCUCAAUCAAGUAUCAUAUAAAACAUUAUCCUCGAUAUUAGAUUAUGCUUAUACCGGAGUAGUUCAAGUUCCUAAUGAAGAACUGAAUGCUUUUAUUGUAGCUGGGAAAGCACUUCACAUUAGAGGAAUCGUUGAUAUGAAUAUUGAUCAUACAUUACCCAUGCUGAAUGCUCGUUCGGUUGUUCAGAUUCAAAACUCUGUAUCAAAUUCUAGCACAGCAGCAAAAGAAAAUAGAGAGAAAACCGAGUCCAGUAAUUCACCGAAAAAAGAAUCUUCAGCACCAGAAAUUUCCAGAGUAUUCGUUAACGAGAGCUCCCUUGACGAUGAUAUGGAUGCAUCGAAUUAUGACGACGUGCUGGAUCAAGAUUACAGUAAAACGAAAUAUUCUAAGACUGCAAAGGCAAAAGAAAGUACAAACAAAAAAGAUCAACCACCGAGCAUGCAGUAUUCAGUAUCAAACCAGGGCAACUUACAAAUGGUUUUAAAUCGUUAUCUAUAUUACUUGGUGUAUACGGGACGAAAUUCAGGACAUCGGAGGUGGCAAUGUAUCGAUAAUCAUUCGAAGAGAACUAAAUGUCAAGCUGCUGUUGUUACCAAAAAUAAUGUUAUUGUACAAAGGAUAUCGGCUCACAAUCAUUCGUUCCACGACGCUAAGAUUCUAAGGAAAGUGCAAAACGGCACAGUGUUCUCUGGCAUACAACAAGCUGAAGAUAUGGGUAAAAUGAUGGUAGAAGAACGAGGACGCUCUGGCGCCGGAAGUCAAGAUGAUUCGGAAGCUAAAUAAAUUUUAGAUUAAAUGCUGUUACUAUUGAC